CGCUUCUCACUUUCCAAAAAAGCAGAAACAGGAAAGUCAUGACUUCUGAAAUCGUAAAAUCUACUAAAAGUCUUACUACUGCUGAAGACAUGAGGAACCAAACCAAACUAAUUAUGCAGCCCUAUGCCAACUGGGAAGAGUAUCUGACUCCAGCACCUCUAUCUAUAGCCAUCCUCGGAGAGCUGGUGUUCAUCUCAUCCUCAACAGAUUUCUCUAUCAAUAAAAAUACACCCAAAAAUGGCUACAAAUACAUCAAAUACCCUGAUUCCUUUCGCGCUUGCCUCAUGCAAGUGUGUAACUCUGGAUGGUGGGCAUUUAACGAGGCCCAUAAGAGCAUGGAUCAGAUUCGCCUCCAUACCGCCCAAGUUCCAGAUUACAUGAAGGCAGCUGUGAAGAUUCUAUUCGAAGGUAAUGAUGAAGUUGUUAAAGCACUUCUUCCUGACCAGCUGGGCAAUAUCAAAGUCAUUGCAGAUGAAUGUCUUGAGUUGUCUAAUGUUGCUGAAAAGCGCUUCACUGAUGUCAUCAAUAUCAUCCAAGAGCUGCUCGAAGCAUGUAUGAAUGCAGAGCACUUCUAUGGGGAGGAGAUGGUAGCAAUCAAGAAGAAAAUAGAAGAGGGCAAACUGAGGGAGCAGUCUGCACUAGAAACCAAGAAAAGGACUGAGAAGGCCAUGAGUGCCAUGGAGAAGCAACUGGAUGAGGCUCACGAGAGCUACAAGAAAUCUUUGGAUUCUCUCCCUAAUGGAUGGGAAAUGAUUGGAAUGGAUUUCGUGAGUGGGAUAACACAGAGCAUUACAGGCAUUAUCAAUGGAGUGGCAUCUGUUAUUUCUCAACCAGGGCAAAUGAUGGCGUGUUCUGCAACAACAACGACAUCUGGUCCUAAGAGCUGCAUUAAAGAUCAGGAAAGAGAUAUGGUAGAUGAAAUAAAUGUUUAUAGUAAGUCAGCAGAAAUUCUAACAUGUGCACAGACUAUCCAGCAACAACUGAAUGAGAAGAAUAAGGUGGAAGACAUUGACUGGACAAAUCUAUACGAUCAGAAGAACAAAACCACAAAGACGGAUUUUGUAGCAAAUCAGUAUGGAAGAAUCAGUGAGAAUUUCCAGGACAUCCCUGACUGCCCAGCAAAGAAACAAGCUCUGGAGUUGUGCAAACAGGGCAUGAAAAUAUGCAUUGAGCUUGCAACAUAUGCACCAGAGGGGAAAUGUGACAAAGACAAAAGCGCUGAGAUAAUAAAAGCGGUCUCGGCUCUGAUUAAGUCAGCUCGUAGUUUUGAUAGCAAAAGCAAAGGCAUCACAAAUUCUCCAGCCAUUUCUCAAAAACCACCAAUGAUGUCUAAAGAAGAAAGCAAGUCAGAGAACAUGAGUCCUUCACAGAGGGCUACAGAGAAUGCAAGAUUUGCCAUAGAGCAGUCCCGAGCUCAGCUGAACAAGACCAGAGAGACCUAUGAAAAGUGUGUGGAAAAUCUAGAGAAGAACCAGAAGGAACUAACUGAUAUCCUGGUCACUAUGAGAAACUGUGAACUGAAAGAGAUCGACUUCAAAACUACCAUAGAGAUGCUGGUUAAAGGAAUGUAUGCCAUGGGGAGAGUGAAGGAGCAGUGGGAGAAGAUGGUCCACUUCUUUCAGAUGGUAUCCAACAUUGUGAAAACAAGCCUGAGCAAAACUCUCACAAACUUUGUCUCAACAUCUGAGAAAACACAAGCCCUCUCCUACAACGCAAAGCUCUUCUCAAAAGAUCUGCUGUACACUCAAGCCUCCCAAGCCUGUAACAUCGCUAGUCUGGUCCAUAUGAUCUCUGGAACAUACACUGAUGUUUCCAACAAGUACCUGAUGGACCGUAUCAGUUCUCUGGGCAAACUGAUGGCCAUGGAUAAACAUGCACCAGAAUUUGAGAAUGAACGUAAACAGCUCCAGAACAGCUGCGAUGAGGCACAGAAAGCCAUCUUAAGGCUUGUCCUGAAGAACAAAGAGGAGUAUAACCAGAAGAGCACUGCAAGACUAGAAAGGAUUGAUCAAGAAUUGCUUGCCAUUCUACCUGCUGCUCCUCCCGAAGAAAUCAAGAGUAUUCGAGAAGAUGUUGAAGCUGGAUUCAAUGAGGAAGAAGCAGCAAAAUACAUCUGAGCAUUGUGCAUUUUCUACUUUCUUUACAUUGGUAAGCACUGAGCACCAGAUGAUAAUAUUGUGUUAAAUAAAAACAAAUUUUCAAUUUGAAUUAAGUCAGGAAUAUGAAAUUCAGCCCAAAGUUCCACAAAAUCAUAAUGACAUGGCAGACAUUCUUUUCUUCAUUCCAUGAUAUAUAUACAAUGCCAAUCUCCAUGCAUCCCCCGAAUCACAAACACUUGACACAUCAAUACAAACAUCACCAACAAGAACAAGAACACCUAAGUAUUUCUUACGCAAAUCCUCAUACAAAGAGCAAUCAUACAAAAAAUGCUUCUCAUCUUCUAUCACAGAAAUAUUUGGUGUUAACUUACAAUAACUACAGAUUCUCUCUGCUGCUGGUGUAUUACUCUAUCUGUUUCUAUAGCAACAUGAUGACUUGAUAAACAUGAUAAAAAGGAACAAUGAUCGUACCAGUUGCAUGUUAUAAACAGAUGUAAUGUAGCUCUCUUGUAUCAACAGAGACUUGUAUUGUGAAUGUUUAACUCAUUAUUUUCCAAAACUGAUGUAUACCAUGCCUCAUGUGCUUUUUCUUUCAAUUGUUGGUUAAGAAUAGCUGUAAAUGUUCUUAUUUCACCUACACUUUGUGCCUCCCAUGCACUACAAAAAACGUGAAAA